AUGGAUUCAGAACAACUUCUUCAGCUAUUAGAGAAAACAUUAGUGAAUGAUAAUCAAGUAAUACAAGAAGCCGGGCUAGAAAUACUUAAAAUUAUCGAAGAAACUUCUACAAUUCACUUGUUAUUCAAUAUAUUAUCAACUCAUCAAGAUGGAAGAUCAGUUAACCUAGCAUAUUUAUACUUAUACAAGUGUAUAAAAAUCCAAUGGAGUACUUUAGAUAUAGGUAACCGCACUUUAAUUCAAUAUAAUUUGUUAGAAAUCUUACAAUCUAUGCCAUCAUAUUCAUUUCGACAUAUAUUAAACAUAUUUUUAGAUAUAAUAUAUCCACAACAAAUUACUUUCACAGAAUUUCUCAAAUGGUUAGAAAAAUUUGAUCAAAAUGCUGAAUCAAUUCACUACAAACUCCUUAUUAUGGAUUUCAUAUUCUACAAGCUACCAGAUGAUUUUAUUAUCAACUCCGCAGAAAACAUAAUUCAACAAAUUUCAUAUUUUCUCAACCAAAGCAAAAUUGUCAUUGAUGAACGCAUUAAAAUUAAUCACUUAUAUGCACAUAUUAUCAAUACAUUAACAAGCUGCAAUAGAAUUGAAGAAUCAGAUCUAGAAAAUCAUAUUUCAAAUAUUUUUAAUAAUAUUUUACCAUUUUUACAAGAAUUCAAUUCACUACAGUUUGAUUCUCAGCUUGUACUAGCAGGAACCAUCGGAAGUUUGAUUUCUUUCCAUAAUCAGUUAAUUAAUAAUCCAAAUUAUUCUUCAAUCGUUGAAUCUAUACUAUCUAAUGAAGAUGUACCUCCUCAAAUUAAAUUUACAAUAUACCAAUAUUUGUUACAUUGUAUUCCUUACCAAGAUUCAUCAAAUACGCAAUCAAUUAUUUCAGAUAUUUUCAGUUUAAGUCUUGAAAUGGCUGACAGUGACAAUGUCAAGUCAUAUAUAUCCGAAUGCGUCAAAACUGCAUCGUAUUUUCCAAGUUUAUAUGGAUUUUUCAUUGAAAACAUUGUUCAAUGUUUCGAAGUUGAUGAAUUAUCAUAUUAUUUAACAGGAUUGAGAUUUAUGAUAGAAUGUUAUUCGAAUUUUUCGAAAUUAGACAAUGAACUCGAAACUAUUUUUGUUAAUUUGUUUAGAGAAAAGGUUUUAAAUCAUAUUAAUUCCCCUGAAGAAUAUGAUUUUAAUUUGCAAGUAACGAGUCUUUCGUUUAUUGAAUUGCUUUUUGAGCAAACAGGAGAUAUUGACUCUUUGGAAAGUGUCCUUUGGAUGGCUUUUUCUGGUGAUGAAGAACUCGAAGUAAAAUUUUCAGAAUCGAUUACAGAAAUAUGUCAAACUGAAUUUGAUGUAAGUAAUUUACUUGAAAUAAUGUUAUCGAGAGUUUCCGUUGAUAGUUUAGAUGUUUAUUUAAUUAAUGAUAUCACUAAUUUAGUUUAUAGAUGUGAAGUUAUAAAAGAAGAAACAGCAGCAGCCAUUUUAGAAAUAAUUGAAUUUGUUAUCAGUCAAGAAAAUUCAUUUGAAUCUAUUUUGUUAAUAUCUGGUGCUAUUCUUUGCAAAUUCCCUGAUUUGAAUGAAAGAAUUGUUCCUUUGAUAUAUAAUCCUAUUAUAAUGAUAUUGGAACAAAUCAAACAAGACGAGAAAAGUGAUAUUUCUUUGUUUACAACUUUAUUCCAAUUCAUGUCAAGAUUUCUUGAAAAAUAUCCAAAUGAUGAAGAUAAUUUUCUGUUAAAUACUGACAUCUCAAAUUACUUGAGAGAGUUUUGUCAGAUGCAUUUCACUACUCCUUCAUUAGAAGUGUUCUUUAUUCCUAUUAAGUUCUUUUAUGUUUCGAAAACAAAAUCUUUUGAUUUUCUUGGAGAUUUAAUGAAUGAUAUUUUCCAUGCAAUUUCUGUCAAAAACGAAGAUUUAGUUAUUGCUGUUGUUCCUGUUUUGCCUGAAAUGUCUAUUUAUUUGCAUCAUGAAGAUAUCCUUAGAUUAGUCCAAGAAUUACUUUCAUUUGAAGUUAAUAAUGAAGAUAAAAAUGGUUUUUAUUUGUUGAGUAGUGUAGUAAGAAUAUUAAAUUCACUGCAAAACAAUGAAGAUUUUGGUGAUUUCGAUCAAAUAAUUGAUUCAUAUAUUGGAUCAUUUAUUAAUAAUCCAUCGUUUAAUAUCUUUAUACAUGUAUUAGAUUUGUUAAAGUUAGGAUUAGUUAGAGGAAGAGAAGAAAGUUAUCUUCUUUUGCAAUGUUUAACUGCAAAUGUUUUAAACCAAGCUCCAUCUGCUUGCUAUGAUUCAUAUUUAGGAUUGCUUAUAGAUUUCGUCGAAUCUGGAAAUUUACCAGAGAAUUUCUUCGAAUUCAUUACUAAUGUUUAUGCAUUUAUUCAUGAAAAAAUACCGAUUGAUUGCUAUCAAAAUUUCUGUUAUUUGACAAAUUUGUUUUUGUCAAAUUUUCCAGAUACAUUAAGUAUAUUUGAAGGAUAUGUAUUGUUGGCUGCUAACUGGAUAGGAAAUUCGACUGAUGAUGCAGAUUCUAACAUCUAUAGUUUAAUUUCUACAUAUUGUGCAUUAUCAGAAAAUUUGGAAUUCGAAAAAUUAGCUCUACAGAAUUUUCCUCCCCAUGAUUUAUCUGAAAUUAAUAGAAUGAUGCAAAAUUUCAUGAAAUUUAGGUACGACAACGAGCUUAUCAAUAUUCUUUUGCAAGAUUGUAACUUAUUAAUUGAAAAGAAAGAAGAAAUUGGUGAAAAUAUUGAUGAAGAACUCUUUACUCAAUUUAUUCAGUUUUGUCAAUCACUGAAGAGCAGUUAA